AUGUAUAAUCUCAAGCAGAAGUCGUUGCUCGGGCUCCUCCUGGUGCCGCUGGCCGUGGCAGCCGUCGAAGAAGCCCGCGAUACCAGUUUUGACAAAUUCGUCUAUAUCGAUCCUUUGAUCGGUACCAUAAACGGAGGCCAUGUCUUCCCUGGGGCAACGCUGCCAUUCGGUAUGGCAAAGGCCGUCGCCGAUACUAAUAACCCCAAUGAAAAUCAGGGAGGGUUUGCCUCAGAUGACAGUGAAAUCACCGGCUUCUCUCAUAUGCACGAUUCUGGCACUGGAGGGGCCCCGUCUCUAGGAAACUUUCCUAUUUUCCCACAAACGGGCUGUCGUGACGACAAUAUCACCAACUGCUUCUUUAGCGAAGCGGACCGCGCUGUAAAAAGAAAAAAGGACACGACUUUUGCUAAACCGGGCUACUUUGCAGUCACUCUAGAGACUGGGAUCCGGACUCAGAUAACUGUUAGCAACCACUCUGUAUUGUACAGCAUUGAAUUCCCCUAUAAGGCCAACACGACAGAAUUAAAAAAUCAAACCGGGCUGCCCUACAGUCCUCUAAUACUUGUGGACUUGACGGACUUACCGGACUCCAUAAGGGACGGUGGAGUUCAAGUGGAUCCUAAAACUGGCCGGCAAACUGGGCAUGGUACCUUUUCUCCGUCUUUCGGGAUGGGGUCCUACCAGCUCUAUUUCUGCAUCGAUUUCAAGGGUGCUGAGGUCAGGGAUACGGGAGUGUGGCAAUACGGCAAACCUUUGCCAAAACCAGCAAAUGGCACGACUCCUAAGCUCGAAGACUGGCGGUUUCCAGCAGGAGGUUGGACCCAGUUCCAUCCCCCAGCAGAAAAUAACCAGAUUUUAGCUCGAGUUGGGGUUUCGUUCAUUAGCAUUGAUAAAGCAUGCAAGAAUGCAGAAACGGAGAUUCCAGAUUUUGAUUUCGCGAAAGUGCAGACAGCCGCCACAAAUGCAUGGAGAGAUAAGCUUUCCGUGGUGGAAAUCGAGGAAGGCCAGAUCGGUACUCGGUUUUGGACGGUGUUCUGGUCUGGAAUUUAUCGAUCAAUGAUUUCGCCGCAGGACUAUACCGGCGAGAACCCGUUGUGGAACUCAACGGAGCCGUAUUAUGACUCGUAUUAUUGCAUCUGGGACUCGUUCCGAAGUAUCCAUCCCUUACUUACUAUACUUGACCCGGAGAGUCAGACGUUAAUGGUUAGGAGUUUGAUUGAUAUAUAUAGGCAUGAAGGUAAACUUCCUGAUUGUCGAAUGUCGCUAUGCCAAGGUUGGACACAGGGCGGUUCGAAUGCAGAUGUUGUGUUGGCAGAUGCCUAUUUGAAGAAUAUCAAAGACGGCGUGGACUGGGAAACUGGUUAUAAAGCUGUGGUUUCGGAUGCAGAAGAGGAUCCUCCAAACUGGUCAGUCGCGGGGCGAGGCGGACUCGAGGAUUGGAAAACUAAAGGCUUCAUCCCAAAAAACGAAAAUUAUGAUACUCGGUCAGUCUCUCGAACAGUCGAAUACGCCUACAAUGACUUCUGCAUCGCCGAAAUGUCCAAGCGACUCGGCCACCCUGAUGAUGCAGAGAAAUACUACAAGAGAUCCCAAAACUGGAUGAAUUUGUACAAGGCAGACCAAACGUCCAUCGUCCCCAACUCUAAUGGGCACGAGGGGACGUCUGUCGACCCCGGGUUUAUAGGAUUCCUACAACCAAAGCAUGCCAACGGGUCAUGGGCGUACCAAGACCCAUUCCGCUGCUCCCCACUCCUAGGCUUCACGUCCUGCUACCUCAACGGAGACGGUGGCGAGACUUACGAAGGCAGUGCGUGGAUGUAUACGUUCUACGUCCCACAAGACAUGGCGACCCUCAUAAAAACUCUCGGUGGCCCAGAAAGCUUCGUCGACCGCCUCAGCUACCUGCACACUUCCGGCCUGCUCUAUAUUGGUGACGAACAAGCCUUCCUGCCCGUGUUCCAAUUCCACUACGCUGGCCGUCCAGGGCUCUCCUCAUACUUCUCUCACUUCUACAUCCCCUCGCAGUUCAACGAAUCACUCAACGGUAUACCAGGGAACGACGAUUCUGGCGCCAUGGGUAGUUUUAGCACGCUUGCUAUGAUAGGUCUCUAUCCCGUCGCAGGCCAAAACGUGUAUCUCAUCAACGCGCCUUACUUGCCUUCAGUCUCGAUCACGAAUCGGCAGACUGGGAAGAAGGCUACGAUUAAGAGUAUUAAUUUCGAUCCCGGCUUUAAGAACAUUUAUAUCCAGAGCGCGAAGUUGAAUGGGGAGGAGUAUACUAAGAACUGGAUUGGCCAUGAGUUUUGGCUCGACGGGGGUGUGUUGGAGUUAACAUUGGGGAGCACUGAGAGUAAGUGGGGAACGAAGCCGGAGGACUUACCACCGAGUUUGAGUACGGGUCAGGGGAGUUGA